CAAAAGCAUGGAACCAUCAGGUAUGUUAAAGUGAAUAGACUACUGUAUUGAUACUAACAAAUUCCCAAGCAAGUUAAUAACAUUGCCUAUGGAACAAAAACCUUUCAUUAAUAUUUCUGUAGACGCCCAACGUAGCCGGGAUGGUUCUCAGAAAAGGUCUGCUAUAGACCUGAUCAUGAACCAGAUCCGAAGGAAGACCUCCUUCACAGAGCGGCGACAGAAACCUGUUGGCUUCCUCUUCAAGCCCGGGGAGAACAAUGACAGGAAAAAUGGAGGCAUCCCAGAGAUGAAGGAAUCAGAUAACUCUGAGGGGAAGAACACAGAGUCAGGAGCAGAAAACACGGACUCUGUGGAUACGGAGGUUGGGUCUGUGGUGGGCUGGGGUCGUGUGAAGCAGUUUGUGGAGAAGUUGGGGAAGAAACCAGAUAGCCAGACCCUCAGCCUCAGCCACUGUGACCUCACAGCCACGGAUGUGCUAGAGCUGGCCACUUUGUUGACCUUCCUGACCCAGUUAGAGGAGUUAGACCUCUUCUUGGAAUGA